AGUUCUUCCCUCUUUGCUGUUUUUGAAAAUAGAAAUUGUAACUAACAUUUCCUCCCUUCUUUAGACCAGCUUGAUCAAAGUCAACACUCAGAGCUCCAUACUACACAGCUUUCCUGUUUAGAAAUUCUCCAAAACAUCUUGGUGUUGAUUUUGUCUGGCAGAAAUUGUUUUAGCAAUGCUUUCUCACAAUGAAGGCAGCUGCCAGAGCUCCUACCAAGGUAUCAUAGGCAAGGGAAGAACAUUUAUGGAAGCGCUGGACUUUGAAGGUUGACUCUGGCACAGUUAUGUUAAUUCUAAAAGAAAAUCUGAAGUUCUCUCACCCAAAUCAACAGCAUUUUUAGAAAUAAACCAAGAUGUCUGAUGAGAUGCAAUCAAUCUGUUGUGAGCAAUGAGCAAAAAAAUCUCUCUGAUGGAAGGAGGGAAGCCCUGUAAAGCAAUUACCAGAUAGUUGGUUGGUCUUUGCUGACCUCUGCUCAGCUCUGAAAAGAUUUGUCUUUAGAAGCAAAGGGAAAAAAUCCAUCUUGGGAAAUGAACAUGCACGUGUCCAAAGAAAAAUGGGACAACUUCAGUUUUGCAGAAAAACUGAACCUCAGAGAAUGACUGUUUUGGAAGAAUAUUGGAUAAAACUUCAAACUCUUUGUUCAAGCAAAGGUUAACUGUCUGGACAGCUGUGAGUCAAGCCUUCAAGCCAUGCUGCUUUAUCUGAUUGGUCUCAGACUUGAUCUGGCACAUGAAAGGAAAUGUGAGGAAGUUUCAAGCGGGGAUCAUUUUGCAAGUCCAGAGCUGAGGUGUCUCUACUGUAAGUGGAUUCGUGCACCUUCCCUGGAAUGAAAUAAGGUCUUCUGAAAAUGUUCCAUCUGGAAGAAAGCAGGAAAGACUCAUUUUGUAUAGCAUUUGACUUGGACCACAUUGAAGGGAAAGACUCAGGAGCAGCAGCAGAUGCAGGAACAAUAAUAAAUUGCUAAUCUGUCCUCAUUAACAAAGAAGUCCUUCCAGAGUGGAUAUUAAGACAAAGAGCUUUUGGCAUUUGUGCAGACUUAAGUGAACAUCUGUUUUUCUGAUGUCGGAAGAUUCAUUGUGCGAUAAUGGAAGCAAAGCCUCAAAGGAAAAUCCUUUUGCUGAUAAAAUGACUCCCAAGGUCUGGCUUAUAAUGACUCACGUAAGCCUGGAAAAUAAUUUAGUUACAGUGCUUUCAGAAAGGUCUCUGGUGAAAUGAAUAUGUCUGUAGGAUGCACGUCAUACUCCUGGUUAGACAAAGCUGCACAAAGUCCAGAUUCCCUCAUCGAAGGAAUUGCUGCAUUCUACUGCACCUGAAAAGAAUACUUGCUCAAGCAUAUGAAGCAAUGAUGUCAGUGGAAACAUCACCCAGAGUGGGUAAGCCCGGUGGAAGGAUGGCAUUUGGAGGGAUCCCAUCAUGUUACAAGGGAAACUUGGCUCUGCAGUAAGGACUGCAGCUGGCAAGCCCUUGGAUUCAGUUCCCUUCCUUGCUCCUGGGAAGCUCCCUUAGAAGCAGCCUGGCGGGAGCUGUUGUGCACUGCCACUUUAAGGCAUGCAUGCACUUCCAGGCUCAGGUCCUGCCACUGCUGCAGCACAGGGCGAGAUCUUCUGCUUCGGGGCUCUGGACUGCUCACUGCUCUCUGCUCUGUAACACUUGGCUGCUUCACAGACGCCCGGCCAGGGGCUCAAGGCUUCCUCCUAGCGUGGCAGAGUCCCACCUGGUGCUGGGGCAGCUGCCACCAUGGAAGCAGCACCAGGCGCUGCUGCAGCAGCAGCAAAGCCUGCAAAGUCCAGCAAGAAGUCUCGGAUGGUGAAGCGGCACACCAACAUCUACACCUACCAGGAGCCGCCCCACAGCAACUCAGAUGAGGAUAUCAGUGAAGAGAAGGCUAACAGCCACGACCCAGAGCAAGUCUUCCAGAACAUCCAGUACCAGAAGGAGGUCAUGUCCAACAUCCGCUGCAGGCCAUGGCCGAUGAGGCAGAAGCUGCGGGCGCUCAGACAGGCAAAGGAGAUUGUGCUGAAGUACGAAGGGAGGCUCACUAGAACCAGAGGUUACCAGGCUGCUGGUGCGGAGCUUUGGAGGAAGUUUCUUCGACUGGCAUAUAAUUUUGUGGUGCUCUUUAUUCCAUGGGAAAUGCGAAUUAAAAAAAUUGAGAGUCAUUUUGGGUCUGGAGUUGCCUCUUACUUCAUCUUCCUUAGAUGGCUGUUUGGAAUCAAUAUUGUACUUACCAUAAUGACAGGAGCAUUUGUAGUCUUACCAGAGCUACUGGCUGGUGCACCGUUCGGCAGCACUGUCAGCAAAACCAUUCGCCCAGAAGACAUGAAAACUGCACAAGACCUGGACACCAUCUGGUCACUUGGGGGCUACCUCCAGUACUCCGUUUUGUUUUAUGGCUACUAUGGCAGAGAAAGGAAGAUUGGGAAAGCAGGAUACCGGCUGCCUCUCGCCUACUUCCUGGUUGGCAUGGCAGUGUUUGCUUACAGCUUCAUCAUCCUCUUAAAAAAAAUGGCGAAGAACUCAAGAAUGAGUUUAGCAAGUGCUUCCGAUGAAAACUACACUUUCUGUUGGAGGCUGUUCUGUGCCUGGGAUUAUUUAAUAGGAAACCCUGAGGCUGCAGAGAGCAAAGCGGCUGCCAUAGUUAACAGCAUUCGGGAAGCUAUAUUGGAAGAGCAGGAAAAGAAGAAAAGCAAAAACCUGGCAGUGACAAUCAGCUUAAGGAUUAUUGCAAACAUCCUCGUGCUUCUCUCGCUCACUGGAAGUAUUUACAUCAUUUAUUUUGUCGUGGAUCGAUCCCAAAAGUUAGAGAGCAAGAAGAGGGAACUGACCCUUUGGGAAAAAAAUGAGGUAAGCGUAGUUGUGUCACUGAUUACCAUGAUUGCACCCUCUGCUUUUGAACUCGUGGCAGCUCUAGAGAUGUACCAUCCAAGGACCACUCUUCGCUUUCAGCUUGCAAGAGUUCUUGUUCUCUAUCUGGGAAAUCUCUACAGUUUGAUCAUUGCUCUCCUGGAUAAAGUGAACAGUAUGAGUGACAGUGUUAACAGCAAUUCAAGUAAUUCUAUCCCCUCUUUUGCAACUGGAACUCCUCCUAAAGAAGGCAAUUUAUCUGCAACUAUUUCUGAUGCACAAAUGAACAGCAACAAAUCUCACGCUCAAAGCUUGCCAACCUCUGAUUCACUGGUUAACAACACAGCUUCCUCUAGCUCUGCCCAGAAUCAGUGCUGGGAGACCUACGUUGGUCAAGAGAUGCUAAAGCUGUCAAUCAUCGACAUGAUAUUCACAGUUGCGAGCAUCCUGCUAAUUGAUUUUUUCCGUGGACUGUGUGUCCGAUAUUUAAGUGAUUGCUGGUGCUGGGACCUAGAAAGCAAGUUUCCAGAAUAUGGUGAAUUCAAAAUUGCAGAGAAUGUACUGCAUUUGGUCUACAAUCAAGGAAUGAUCUGGAUGGGAGCCUUCUUUUCACCUUGUUUACCGGCAUUCAAUGUCCUCAAGUUGAUUGGACUCAUGUACCUGAGGAGCUGGGCUGUAUUAACGUGCAAUGUACCACAUCAGCAGGUUUUUAGAGCCUCUCGAUCCAAUAAUUUCUACUUGGCCAUGUUGCUGUUCAUGUUGUUUUUGUGCAUGUUACCAACAAUUUUUGCUAUUGCCCGAUACAAGCCAUCUUUAACCUGUGGUCCUUUCAGUGGACAAGACAAAAUAUAUGAUAUUGUUUCUGAAACAAUUAAAAAUGAUUUUCCUGUGUGGUUCAACUCAGUGGUUACUUACAUCAGCAGUCCUGUGGUGGUCCUCCCUGCGCUCUUACUUCUAUUCAUGCUGAUCUAUUACCUACAAAGUAUUGCAAGAUCAUUGAAAUUCACCAACAAUCAGCUGAGAAUGAAGAUACAAGCAGAAAGAACUGAAGAUAAGAAAAAGGUGGUGCAAAUGGCAGUAGCCAGAUUCCAGAAUCUGGAUGGGAGUGACAAAAGACCAGACCAAGACGGUGGUCUUAUUAGCCAGGAGUCUUCUGUUCGGGCCUCAACCCCACGGAAGAAUGGCAGCGUCUUGAACUUUGAAUCUCCUGUGAGCAAAGGCACCAGAAUACAAACCAUCUCCCAGACUGUGCCCCACACCGUGCCCUCGACUGAUGCAGCAAGACCUGUGAAUGCAACUCCCACAACUUCAGCUUCUUUAACGCCCUCAGUAUCAAGUGUACAGAAAGCAAGAAACGACCAUACCACUAGCAGGUACCCAAGUGUUGUGCAUGGGAGUGCAAGUGAGCUCUGUAAAACAAAGGCCUAUACGCCAGUGGCUUUCAAAAAACGUACUGAAGAUGUUCACUCUGAGCCUCUCUUUAGGAAAAGCAUUCGGCAGGUAAAUCCAGAUGCUUUUGGAGCGGGGGCUCCUGUUUUUGUGGGACGCAGACCACAUGCUACCAGAUACUAUGUUGUUAAUGAAAGUGAACCCCGUAAAAAAUCAGGCCGUUCUACCUCCCGACUCCAAAGGCAAUUCCGAAUAGAAGAGCCAGAAGAUAUUGUUGAGUUGUAUCCGCACAAUAUCAGAAGAUACGUGGUUCAAACACCACAACGCAUGUAUUCUCCUCAUCCCAGUGAAGAUGAGGAGGAUGAAGAGGAACUUGGGAGACGCUAUAUGAAAAGAUCCCAUCGCCCUCGGUCACUGUCUGACCUUCGCCCAGCACCGCGAUUUUAUAUUGGGGAGCGUGCUGAUGGCCAUGUUCUUACGAGCAAAGACCUAGCCAAAGUGCAUUACAAAUCUUGGGAUGAUGGUUUUGAGCUAGACCUGGACAGACCUCCAUAUGCCUACAAAAAAGUGCACCUGAAAAAUGUUGAUCAGCACUAUCUUGAGCCGCAUGUGAAACCUAAAAUGAAGCAUAUACUGGAGCAGUCUCUAACAGAAUCUGACUCAGUUUCCAUUGAAUCGAGCAGUGAUCCACAGAACAGCAGCAAUGACCAAUACAUCCAGGUCAUUCAUAGCAAGGAAAAGUACCUGAAACCUGGGACAAAACUCACCAAAAAGAAAUCAAAAAACAAUACUGAACUAAAUAUGUCUGAGCCUAAUGAACUGGUAUGCUCAAAUGUCUGAGAAAGUGCCCCAACUUUUUGUGUUUAGAACAGGUUUGUGUAGUCAUUGUACUUCCUGUUUAAGGUCUAUUAGAAUAACUACCACAGUCAGCCAUUCAAGGUGGGAAAAGCAUAAUUAGUCCUGUGUUUUACUGUUAACUGUACCUUGCUUUGACAUCAUUCUCCUUUAUUACAUGUUAUGCUGUUUAAAAAAAAAACAAAAAACAAAAACAAAACAAACAAAAAAAAAACAACCAAAAAACUAUUGGAAAAUCAAAAGCAGUGUACUUGGAGCACUUGAAUUAAACCUGUAUAGAAGUACAUCAGACAAGGCUCUCUGAUGUGAUUGCAGAAACAUGCUCCUACUGAAUCCAUGCAGCAGGUAACCACCAUCCUACAAGCACAGAACUGCUUCCUGAAGUAUGGAAUCAAAGAAUUGAGUUGGAAGGGACCCUUCAAGGCCAUCUGGUCCCACUGCCCCACACUGAACAGGGACACCUACAGCUGAUCAGGUGCUCAGAGCCCCGUCCAGCCUGACCUGCAGUGUCUGUAGGGAUGGGGCACCCAGCACCUCUCUGGGCAACCUGUGCCAAUGCCUCACUGCCCUUAUUAUAAAAAAAACUUCUUCUUUAUGUCCAGUCUAAAUCUCCCCUCUUUUAGUCAGAAACCAUUUGCCAUUGUUUUAUCACAACAGACACUGCUAAAGAGUGUCCCCUCUUUCUUACAGCCCCCUUAGGUUCUGAGAGGCCGCUCUCAGGUCUCCCCACAACCCGGGCUGCACAGCCCCAGAUCUCAGUCUGUGUUCCAUGCCUUGGGUCAUUU